AUGCGGCGUGGCGUCGGUGUCGCCCAUGUACAGAAGUCGCGGGAGACGAAACGGCAAAUGACCGACUUGGGCGCGCAGCUCACAGCAGAGCGAGCGGGACAAAUUGCGGACCAACUGGAAAGCCUUGAAGAGCAGCUUCGUGUGCUCGCCCGAAAGCACAAAGAUGAAAUUAAACGCGACCCCGUUGUGCGCGCUCGCUUUAAGCAGGUGUCAGACUCUCUUGGUGUGGAUCUGAUCUCCUCCAAAAAAAAUGUUUUUGCUGGUUUGCUGGGGUUGGGUGAUUUCUACUACGGUCUCGCGGGCAAGGUGGUAGAAGCGUGUAUGAAGGAGCAAAAGUUCUUUGGAUCAUACGUUCCGCUGGCGCGGGUUGUGCAUGUUAUGAACAAGCAAUACGAGAUGAGCGCGCAAGGUGGAAAACGGUGCGUCAUUUCGGAAGGAGAUGUUCGCAUGGCCCUCAGCAAAUUGCACGUGUUGGGAGACGGCUACAACAUCGUGAAGUUAGGGAGUGUGAAUUACAUUCAAACAACACCCGAUGGAAGCCGUGGCGUUGAUCAUGUCCCAAUUUUGGAAUAUGUUCUAGCCAAGCAAGAAAAGUUGGUUGCGAACUACCGGGCAGCGCACCGCAAGAGUAACUCGAGAGAUGCGGUGAAACCGUUGGGGGGGCCCCUCAGGCAUGUGGGUGUGUCUUGUUUCCCAUUGAAGGGAGGAAAAGAAUUGGUCUGCAGCGACGCAGUUGGGAAGUCAUCUACCGCCGCGAAGGAAAACAACAGCAGCAGUGAAAGCAAUGAAGACGUGCCGUUUGAGGUCGUGUGCGUCUCUGUCACUCAUGAUGAACUGGAAAAGCACCUCAUGUGGCAGUCACAUCGGGUUGAAGCGGCGCUGCAGUGUCUGGUGCGGAGUGGUUCGGUUUGGAUUGAGAGCGUAAAAACAUCGACUGAAGAGGUGCCCCCAACCACGUGGAUUAGUUGGCCUACAGCCAAAGGCAAAGUGGCGUCAGGCACAGAGACGAUUUAUUGGUUCGUUGGUGUCGCCUCUGGUAACUGA